AUGUUGUCUGCUCUCGCCUUCGGUUCUCGCACUCUGCAAUCGGCUUCUCGAAGUCGCAGGUUUUCCGCCUUUGCACCACCGCGCUUGUUUGAUUACGAUACUAUCACCAAGAAUUUGGCAGUGACAGAUGCAAUCGAUUCGGUGGAAGCAGCUUUUGGCGCUCUCGCCAGGGGGAAGGUAGAUGUCCCAAUGCCAAUGCAUAUUGGGAUUGACGAAUCUGAUGCUGCAGGCCCCGGUGAUUGUCACAUCAAAGGUGGGUAUGUCAGUGGAACCAAGACCUUCACUGUCAAGCUAGCCUGCGUGAGUUUCUAUAAGAAUGUUGAAAAGGGACUACCGCCAGGCUGUGGUGUCUUCGUUGUUGUUGAUGCUGUCACAGGAGCUCCACUGGCAAUUUUUCAAGAGAAUAGAUUCAUGACAGAUCUGCGCACCGGUGCUGCUGGUGCAGUAGCGAUGAAGUACACUACCCGUGAUCAAGGAAACACUGUUGGUUUCAUUGGAUGUGGGGCUAUUGCCCGAAAUAUGGCGCGGGCUGCAGCUUCAGUGCGGGACUUUCAAGGAGUUGUCUAUGCAUUGGAUGGUGCCGAGGACUUUGCUAAAGAAAUGUCGGCGGAGCUAGGCAUUGAAUUCUCGGUUGCUGGUUCUGGAGAAGAGCUCUGCGAAAAGUCCAACGUGAUCUAUACGCAAACACCUGGCUCGGACACUGUGCUUGAGCUUGACUGGCUCCAAAAGGGAACCACUAUCAUUGCUUCGGGAAGUGAUCAGCCAACCAAGCAAGAGAUCCCUUCAGACGUCUUGAAGGCAAGCAAAUACAUUCCCGACUUGGUAAAGCAAACAUCAAAAGUUGGGGAGCUACGCGGGGCCAUUGAAGAUGGCUUGAUGUCCGAGGAAGAUGUUUACUGUGAGUUGGGAGAUCUCGUGAAUGGAAAAGUAGGUCGAGAAACAGAUGAGCUAAUUGUUGUUGAUCUGACUGGUACUGGUGCUCAAGAUGCAGCCAUUGGGCAAGUUGCCUGGGACAAGUUGGGUGCUCUAUAA